AUGUCUAUCGAUAACCUCGUGAAGGACUUAUCCACUCUUUUGAAAGAUGCAGAUGAGAAAGACGUCCAAAAGAUUCUCCAUGCCAUUUCAAGUGAAAAAAAAGCUGCUCGUGGCGCUGCUAAAGUAUACGAUGAAGAAUACUUCGAUGCCCACGCUUCGGACUACAUAGACUUCACCUACAAGAACCCCACCAUCUACCAUGUGGUGAGGCACUUCAGCUCCAAGUUGGAGAACGCCGGCUUCUCAUAUUUGGCCGAAAAGGACUCAUGGGACUCGCUCAAACCUGGAAAGUACUACACCUACAGAAACGGGUCAGCUUUGGUUGCGUUUAUCAUCGGAAAGGACUGGACUCCCGCCAAAGGUGUUGGAGUGAUUGGCUCGCACAUUGACUCGUUGACGGUGACGUUGAAGCCUAAUUCCACCAAGGCAACUGUGGACGGAUACGAGCUUCUUGGAGUGGCUCCAUAUGCUGGCACUUUGGGCGAUGUUUGGUGGGACAGAGACUUGGGUAUUGGUGGCCGUCUUUUGGUCAAAGACAAGAAGACAGGGACUGUUGGCCCAGUGUUGGUGGAUUCGACCCCUCACCCAGUGGCUAAGAUCCCAACGUUGGCUCCACACUUCGGAACUCCCUCUGUUGGUCCUUUCAACAAGGAAACCCAGGCCGUGCCCGUCGUGGGAUUCUCGCAGAAGGAAUACAGAGAACCAAGUGCCAGAGAGAAGUCUGCACCUUUGUACGGAAAGCAUCCACUCAAGUUGUUGCGUUAUAUUGAGGUCAUUUCGGGAAUUCCUGUGGAAGACAUUGUCCAAUGGGAUCUCCAAUUAUACGACGUUCAGCAUGGUGUUCGCGGUGGCUUGGAUAAGGAAUUCGUGUUUGCUCCACGUGUGGACGACCGUGUUUGUUCAUAUGCUGCUAUUUCGGCGUUGAUCGAGGCUGAUGCUCUGGGCUCAGUGGCUUCCGAUGCAUUCUCGGUGGUUGGCUUGUUUGACAACGAGGAAAUUGGUUCUGCUACCAGACAGGGUAUCAAGGGACAGUUGAUCGAGGCUGUGGUGUCGCGUGUACUUUCUUCAGAGUACUUCAAGGACGACAAAGUGGAUGUUGCUCUGUCAGAGAAGGUCACCUAUGCCAACUCCAUUAUUUUAUCGGCUGACGUCAACCAUUUGCUCAACCCCAACUUUCCCAACGUGUACUUGGAGCACCACAAGCCAAUUCCCAAUAAGGGUGUGACGAUUGCGUUGGAUCCAAACGGCCACAUGGCCACCGACUCCACCGGUUUGGCCUUGGUGGAGGAGCUUGCCAGAGAAAACGGCGACGAGCUCCAGUACUUCCAAAUCAGGAACGAUUCCCGUUCUGGAGGCACCAUCGGCCCCUCCAUCUCGUUGCAGACUGGUGCCAGAACCAUUGACUUGGGCAUUCCACAGUUGUCUAUGCAUCUGAUCCGAGCAACUUUGGGUGCAAAGGACAUUGGUUUAGGUGUUAAGUUCUUUGUUGGUUUCUUCACCAACUGGCGUAAGACCUACGAUCUGUUUGGCGAUUUAUGA